CAUUAGGGUGCGUAUUUAAACGCACUAUAAACGCGCCGAGGUUUCGCUUGUCUGGCUUUCGUUUGGUUUGUUUGUCUGGCGAUUGGCAUGGAAUUUGAAUAUAGCCUAAUUAGCGAGCCCCCCGGCGACGAUGUCCGCACUCUCAAGCCAUUACCAUGCUACGGCCGCGGUCUUCCUCUAAUUCCGCUUGAAGAACUGCCUCUUUUCCAGUAUCUCAAGAGAGAUUAUGAAAUGGCUCAGCCUGUGAACGCUAGCAGGGAAGUCCCCUCUGGGAUAGGUCGAGGAAGUGUGUCAAAGCUUUCGGGUUUCUCGAUGGAGGACUCUUCUGACGAAGACCAUAAUGUUGUUAGUUUGUAUUGGCGGCACCAGAAGCCACUUAGUACAUCGAAUUUGAACGCUGGCUUGGAGCCCUCAAGACCUGCUGCCCAGGGAAAGAAUCAUGCGCCAUGUAGGUCUCCUGCUGCUAGUCAUCCAAGAGCUCGAGGUCGUGGACGAGGCAUUCGUACUCCCGGGAAGUGUCCCACGUCGCAUGGUCCUGCUGCUGCUGCUGCUGCUGCUGCUCGUGGCUGCAGUGCCAUUGAUUCCAGUGGUCACGGCACCACUAGCUCCAGUACAUGCCCUCUGGUAUCACCCAGCCUGCCUGUUGUGACGACUGCUUCAGAGGCCUUGCAGUCUGCUCGGGAAAGAAAUAAUGCAACGCAACAACCAGGUGCUUUCCGUCCAUCAAGUGUCCCCUGCCGUGGUCGAGGCAUUGCUGAUUCUUGGAAGCGUCGUCUUCAACAAAUGCUCAAGCAGCCACAAGAAUCCCAGCCUUCAAACAACGGUGCCAGGCUCCGUUGUCCUCCACACGUGUCUGGCCCGCCACCAUCUUGUCCAGGUCAACUGCAAAUGCCCCCGUCUUCUCGGCAUCCAGCAUUGUCAAAGCCUCGGCAAGAGUGUGCAUUUCCACCGACUAAGUCCUUCCCAAGAGGGAAGACUGCUGCAGAUGCUGGCCGACAAGCACAAGGACAGUCUUGUCGCACUAGCUGCCCCCGCAAACCCAUUAAGAAGGGCUCCUUUGAUCCAAAAACAUUCAGCCACGCCGUGGACCUCUGUUCAUGGGUGGAGUCCUUGUCCAAUGUCGAGCCUCAUAAGCAUACCACGGAAUCAGGGACUGAACUGACAGACAGCAAUGGCGACGAAUUCCACCGACGUGUGUCGAUCAAGCCGGACUCUGUUUAUGAAUCCUUCUCCUCAUCAUCAGUGUCUAGUACAGACCUGGCUUAUGUAAGCGCGGUGGAAGCAACCCCUGCCGCACCGCCGGUCCCUGCUGCACCGCCGGCCCCUGAGGCUGUUGCUUCAGUCCCUGAGAAUGCACAGAUGAGCUCCUUAAGAGGAACCGAGGUCCUGAUCAAGGGCCUUCCUAAAGCCACAACAGCAGAAUUUGUCUACUACAACACUGCCUGUUUUGCUGCUGUUGACGAUGUGAUAAUUUCUACUGACGGAGAUGGAACGAGUGCAGACAUAAUCUUGACCAAACCAUACAGUGCAUCCAAGCUGUGCCAGUGCUUACAAGCGGUGCUGACCCUUGAUGGUCGCUCAAAUCGCCUCGAGUUUUCGUGCCUGAAACAAGCCUAAAAGCUGUCAGUCACAACAGGAGACAAGCCCAGUGCUUGGAACAGCUGUGCAUGUUCCUGUACAUCGGUCCUUGCACUCUCAUUGUCGGAAGUUGAAAUGUACUGCCACUCUGUGAUCUUAUUAUUUGUGCCAUUUGUGCUGAAGUUCUAUAUUCCUCAAACUAGCGGAGCUUGCUCAAAGAGGCUUUUGGAUUAAAAGAAGCCUCGGAUAAUGUGAUUGCGCGAUGUUAAGCAUAUACUACUUAUUGACGAUGCCACUUUAGCAAAUUAUAUGGCAGUGUUUGAGUAGUAAGAGUAUUAUUUCUAUUAAUGGGGACCUUCUUAGAAGUAAAGAACCCUCUGAAUGUCUUCACUGCAACUUUGGUUUACUCGGGCAUGUCCUAUUCAUAGGGCAUGGUCUUCCUCGCAUGCCCUUGUUCUGCAAUUCUUUUUUCUUGCGUGCAGCACGGUGAAUGCACAAAUGUCUGUUGCAAGGCAAAUUAGUAGAAGCGGUCUAAUGCUGUUAUAUACACAGUCGGUUCCGCUAUAUUUAUUGAUAUUUAUGGAUUAUUUCACCAACUGGGCUGUUUGGGCUUGUUUUUAUGGCAUUUUAAAGAGCUUUAUUGUUAGUUCAUGAAAGGAUGGGCAGGACAGAGGGUUCUGUCCUGCCCACCCUUUUUUUUUUCAACUUGUGCUAAAAAUCACUUUUAAAAAUGACUUUCAAUUAAAGGGGCCUUGAACCACUUUCUAUCGAAGUGGAGAAAUACAUUUGAAGUGAAAAUAUGCUAUUUCAGAAUCACUUUGCCGCAAAAAGUACUUCAAUGCGUUGAGCAGAAGCGGAGUUACUGGCAAUCAAACAUGGCCUCCGUUGUGCUCCCCUUCGUCCUUCAAUGCCUUGCUACGGUGGAGUGGGGCGGGCCACAACGCUCCGCCUCGGAAACGUCGCCAUGGCACGCAGUUCGAAUUUCAUUGGACUUUUUAUUUUGGUGCCUACGAAGCGCUAAACAUAAGCCAAACGUGGUUGUCCGCAGCGAACCGCAGUGCGCUUAGCCACUGGACUCGUGGCGGCCGCGGUGUAGUCGACCGCAGGGACCAAUAGCAGCCGUGUAUUGGAGUGUGCUUUAUUAUGAAAUAAAGCACUCAGAAAAGAGCGAGGAUCAUGGGGUCUGUUGAAACGAGAGCGUUUGAGAGAAAGGUGACUUCGCAUUCCGCUUGCGAGCUUUACGGACCGCGUACGACAGCAGAACUUGGCUGAGAUAGUUACAACAGCCUAUGCUACCCGCGGACUAGGUUAUUUCACCAAGCCCGAGGGGCGGUUUAGGGCCCCUUUAAUGUUGAAACCAUAUGCCGUAUAGAUGUACGUUCAACCCUUAGCCAAAAUUUCUUAUUGUUGUGCCAGAUCGGCUUUUUGCCUGUGCCAAAAGGUGAAAUGCCUAUUCCACCACUGCAAGCUUGUGAUCCUUGGCUGUAUCAUCAUUGUGCAAUAUUUCAUUUUUCAUGUUAUAUGUUGGUUGAGAGGACCAGGAAAUAACUCGGGCUGUGUUCUGUGAAUUUGUCAAAACGUAUUAAUUAUUUUACGCUUACCCCCCCCCCCCCCCCCCCCCCGCGUGGCUGUUACUCUACAAGCGUUCUAACACUGAUCUUGUGUGCUUAACAGUACUUACUCGGCUAUCGCCGAGAAAAGCAGUUGACCAAGAGUGUGACCUGCUCAUGAUGCUGUUUUGGUGGUGUGGUAAAGCUUUAUAGAUUAAAAUGUAAUAUGGUGUGUAUCCCAAGUGGCAAAAAUCUUCUUUGCAAGAAGCUGUGAUGUGAAAGCCCUGGACUUGCU